UUUCAGGCUAACUGAAUAGAUGCCAUCAUGAGGGAGAGUGCAGAGAAAACAGAAAAAGGGAUCUAUGACCAGGAAGAAUUCUAGGAAGUAGAGCAGGAAGAGCUGUCAAAGGAGUAGCCAGAGAAAUAGACGGGAAUAUUUUAUGGAGAGUAUGAUUGCUUGUGCUCAGGGAAGCUCCUCAAGAGUUACUGAUCAAUGAAAUGGCAGAGAAUGGAAAAAACUGUGACCAGAGACGUGUAGCAAUGAGCAAAGAACAACACAAUGGAAAUUUCACAGACCCCUCUUCAAUGAAUGAAAAGAAGAGGAGGGAUCGGGAAGAAAGACAGAAUAUUGUACUGUGGAGACAACCACUCAUUACCUUGCAGUAUUUUUCUCUGGAAAUCCUUGUAAUCUUAAAGGAAUGGACCUCAAAAUUAUGGCAUCGUCAAAGCAUUGUGGUAUCUUUUUUACUGCUGCUUGCUGUGCUGAUAGCUACGUAUUAUGUUGAAGGAGCACAUCAACAGUAUGUACAGCGUAUAGAGAAACAAUUUCUUCUGUAUGCCUACUGGAUAGGCUUGGGAAUUUUGUCUUCUGUGGGGCUUGGAACAGGGCUGCACACUUUUCUGCUUUAUCUGGGCCCACACAUAGCUUCAGUUACAUUAGCUGCUUAUGAAUGCAAUUCAGUUAAUUUCCCUGAACCACCCUAUCCUGAUCAGAUUAUUUGUCCAGAUGAAGAGGGCACAGAAGGAACCAUUUCCUUGUGGAGUAUCAUCUCGAAAGUUAGGAUUGAGGCCUGCAUGUGGGGUAUUGGUACAGCAAUCGGAGAGCUGCCUCCAUAUUUCAUGGCCAGGGCAGCCCGCCUCUCAGGUGCUGAACCUGAUGAUGAGUACCAGGAAUUUGAAGAGAUGCUGGAACACGCAGAGUCUGCACAGGACUUUGCUUCACGAGCUAAACUGGCAGUUCAGAGACUUGUACAGAAGGUUGGGUUUUUUGGAAUACUGGCCUGUGCUUCUAUUCCAAAUCCUCUAUUUGAUCUUGCUGGAAUAACAUGUGGACAUUUUCUUGUACCUUUUUGGACCUUCUUUGGUGCAACCCUGAUUGGAAAAGCAAUAAUUAAAAUGCAUAUCCAGAAAAUCUUUGUUAUUGUAACAUUCAGCAAGCACAUCGUGGAGCAGAUGGUGGCUUUCAUUGGUGCUGUCCCUGGCAUAGGUCCGUCUCUGCAGAAGCCCUUCCAGGAAUACCUCGAGGCCCAGCGGCAGAAGCUGCACCACCGGAGCGAGGCGGGCGCGCCCCAGGGAGAAAACUGGCUGUCCUGGGUGUUUGAGAAGUUGGUGGUUGUGAUGGUGUGUUACUUUAUCCUGUCUAUCAUUAACUCCAUGGCACAGAGCUAUGCCAAACGAAUUCAGCAGCGGUUGAACUCUGAGGAGAAAACUAAAUAAGCAGAGCCGUUUUUAACUGCAGCAGUGGUAGUGGAUGGGUUCUGCCUUAAAUUGGGAGGACUCCACAUCAGGAAGGAAAAUUCCCUUUCCAACCGGUAUCAAUUUUAAAGACGUCCUGAGAGCAGUU